AUGCCUUGUAUAUUAAAGGUUAGAAUAGGUGAGGGUAGAGACCUACCGAUUAUGGAUAGGUCGUCUGCCCUUGCCGAUGCCUAUGUAGAGAUAAGGUGUGGACAGACUGAUCCUCAAAAGACUGAUAUUCAGAGAAAGACUCUUAAUCCCGUUUGGAAUCAAGACUUUAGAUUCGAGUUUGCCAAUGAAGCUGAUCUUCAAGAUAAACCAUUGGAUAUUAGAGUUUGGGAUUAUGAUUUAGUUAGUAAGAAUGAUAUCAUUGGAACUGUAUUGAUUGAUUUAAAUUGUCUUUUAGCAUCAGAUGGAGCCAUUCAAACUAUUCAAGGUUGGUUUCCUAUAUUUGAUACAUUGAGAGGUAUCAGAGGUGAAUUGUUUGUAACUGCAAAGUUGGAGAUAUUCAAGAAUGAGAACCCUUUCAAAGAUGCAUCUGCCGGUGUACAAUUCUUUUCAAGUAUGUCCAAUCAUCAUUCAAUAAUUCAUUUAUCAACACCAUUUUCAAAUUAUCGAAUCUCAAGUAUACAUGGAUUCGUAGAGGAAUUGAUUGUUGAAAGUGAUCCUGAAUAUCAUUGGACCGAUACAUUCAAAGCUUCAAGAUUAUCAAAUUUUGAAAGACAAUUUCUAUUAUAUACUUUAUCUGGUAAAUUAAGAAGACAAAUGGGAAAAAAAGUAUUGGAUAUGGGAGGAAAUGCAGUGUUGGAGUAUAAACAACAUUUUGAUUUGGAGGGUGACAGUGGUAUUGUUGCUCGUGGAUAUGGGACGGCUGUGACGUUGAGAAGGGUGACAGAUGCUGAUUUGACAUCACCGUCGUUGUUGUCACCAAAGGUGGCUGGUGGAGGUGGAAGGGAGUUGGUGACUUCAUCUUCAUUUAGUUCGACGCAUUCAUCGACACACUCUUGCUCGUCAGAUGACGACCAUCACCAUCACCACCAUCACCACCAUCACCACAGUGACAGUAGUUCGAGCUCUAGCUCUAGUUCAAGUUCAAGUUCGUCUGAUGACGAUCCGUUGGUUCCGCACACUACCGGUGGGUUGGGAUCACACGAAGUACAGUUGUACACACUCAACACGUUUCAAAAUCAUUUGGUGGUGCAUAUUGGAGGUGUCGUCAGUGUAAAGUCGGUCAAGUUAUUGAAAAAGACAGCCGGCACAGAUUCAGCGACAGUCGAAGAAGGAGACAGUACAUCUGAAGGACAACUAUCCAAGAGUGACGAGAAAAAGUCUAGAAAGCAUCUCAAACAAUCCAAACAACAACAACAACAACAGACGACAACAUCUAGCAGCAGCAAAAAGAAGAGUAAAAAGAGUAAAAAGUUCUAUUACAAUCAUACAUCUUCGAGUGAGAGUGAUGAUGAUAAUGCCAACUACAAGAGGAAAAAGGGUGCUGGUGUAUUAUCAUCUGCCAAAAAGAAGCAACAGCAGGCAAAGAACAAAUCAUCAUCGUCAUCACGUAGAAAGCGUAUCACCCAAUCAUAUUAUGAUGAUGGAGAUGAUAGUGUUGUGCAUACAGGUACAUUGUCAUCGUCGUUUGACGCAGCUGCGUCGAUAACUGAGGAUUCGACUCAUGAUGAAUCGCAGACUUCGUCGUCGGAUGAGAGUAGCGAUGAAGGUGUGGUGCGCCAUCACCACCGCUCGCGUCGACAUAUUAACCAGAGUUCGGGCCCAUCUAUCCGUACGGCCAGCUCGUCGAUCAAUGCAGGUCGCAAGUCGUCGUCGUCGUCGAAACACACGUCGGAGCGUCAGAUCAAGCAGAGUCGACUACGCGCCAUGUCAUCAUCGUCGGGUGAGGAGGACACGUUACCUUCACUCGACAAGGGUAAUGAUGCUAGCAGCACGUUUGUCGUUGAAGUGGACGACAAGACCGAUGAAGACAAGAUGACGACACUACUCGACUUUUACACGCCUCCUGGAUUCUCGUUGUGCAACACCGAGGUGCAGCCUGGCCAGGUUAGACCGAUCCAAAAUGUUCGUCUCAUCACUGCGAUCCGUCGUGUCGAGUGGGAUGUCGACAGUCAGUACCUCAACAAGCAGUUGUCGGUAUUGUUCAACUCGUUGUACGAUUCCAUCAUGUUUAAGCUGCGCGAACUUGCCCCAUGCAUCAUUUGCGGGUUGAAUGUGGACAUUGAAAUACCCGAAGACGACCAGCUGCAGAUGUUGAUCACCGCAAUAUGCGUCAUUGAGAAUGAAGACUAUCUUUUGAUGCCGUCCUCAACAUCAACCAUGCAGAUGCAGCAGUUGUACCAGCAGACACCCCCACAAAUGGCCGACGCUGCACUACCCAUCCCACCACCCAUAUCGUUGUCGUCGAUGGCCGGUAAACUCAACAUCCCCCAGACCAUCCACGUGCCUUCCCUCACCCCACCCGCACCUUCCACACCAGCUGUCACGUCGGUCAACACACCGUCCAAAUCACCCCACCACCACAACAACCACCAUCAUCUACUCCAUUCACUCGACCAAGUUGCUUCACAGGAUCCGGCCGACCUCCAAUUCGACAUGUCUCCUCCACGGUCACCCAUGAAGCGGUCAAUCGACGUGUCGACGCACAACGAACGUAUCUACGAGCUAUUUGGGUCGCAACAGCGUGUCGUCGAACACCGCCAUGUCGAACUGACCCCACUGUCCUAUCUUCCAGGAUGUCGUAUGGAAAAGUAUCUCGGACGUAUCAAUAUCCAUCUCAUCAAGGAGAGUUUCUCGGUGCGUGAGAGUGGUGGUCUCGGUGUGUUUAGUCAUGUCUUUAUCACCGAAGCCAAUGCCAUCACCCGAUCCCAGGUACUCAGUCUUGGAGGCAACGCUCUCGUUGGCUAUCACAUUGACGAGUUUAAUCUCAUCCUCGAUUCUGGGCCCAAAGGACAAGCCUAUUCACUUAUUAGUAUCAGUGGUGAUGCUUAUUACUCUACACCAAUUAUUCAACAACAACCUCAACAACAACCCCCUCAAAGUGGUAACAUCAAUUCAAGUACAAAUCCAACCAAUAUUGGUAAUACAUUUACACCUAUCAACAAUUCAUCUGGUAUUCCCAAUGUUGUAUCAACUUCUGGUCUUUUAGUUCAAGAACCAACAAAGAAACAAAUGAUGGCAUCGAAAUAA